UAUUCAUUAACAGAUAACGAGAUUUCUGAACGCAUCUACGAAGACAACAACUGAAAUAUGGCUUUCACAAUUGCUUUCUCCAGGCCAGCUCAACGUAGACGAUUUUAUCCAUCACGAUGUUGCAAUUUUCUGGAACCAAUGUUGUGGACAUCUGCGCCUGUACCAAGAGAUGAUACAGAUGAUUUUUUAAACGUUCUCCAAGCUCUUAUUAGCAGGAACGAAUUUCAAAACAAUGCAAAUAAGCAAGUAGAAAUGACACAUGACGAAUCAGAACAAGAAAAACAAUCAUCUCCGAAAAAAUAUGCAAUAAACAUCGGUGUCCAAGAUUUUGCACCCGAAGACAUCAAAGUUAAUGUACAAGGAGAUAAUUUAAUCGUUGAAGCAAAACAAGAAGAGAAGAAGGAAGAGGAAGGAAUGUUCUUCCAUAGUUUCAAGGAAUUAACAAGAACAUUUGUUAUCCCCGAGGGAGUAGACAAGAAAAAUAUUACAUCAGCAUACUCUAGUGGCGGAAUUCUUGAAAUUGAGAGUUCCUUCCUACCGCCAAGCAUAACCGAAGAUCCAGAAGAGAAAACAGAACUUAACGUUGAACAUACGGAUGAAUAAUAUGUGUAUUAUGAACAAUAUACAUAAAACAAAUCACGACCGAGCGCUCUAAAGCUGUUGAUAGAACCAGUUUUAUGCGAGCCGGUGUCGAUGAUUAAACAAUUUUGUUCAUUUUCUGCUAUCAGAUCGUUGUAUUGAAUAAAAAGCAAUAUUACCUUAUUUCAUUUCUUCUAUUACCUAUUGCCCUAUUUUUGCUUUCCGAGAAUGUAUAGUUAUUUGUUCUCUUGUUCUUUGUCAAUUUAUGAAUGCUGCAAAAAUUUUCCCAUGAAAAAA